CGAACAACGACGUUUUUUGACGCCGCCGCCACCGCCGCUUCCUGACUUUCUCCAACAGGAUCUCCGGCCACGGCCAGAACAAUGUGAUCCCCUGUGAUUAGAUAAAACGAAUGCUCAUCUCUUUUCUCUGCAUGCACUAGAUGUGCCGCCAUGAGGAGCUCGAUCCUUCUUCCAAUCAAAUUGCUAAUACAGAAAGAGAUGAGUCGUCCAAGUCAACUCAUCCAAAUGCUAUUAGAUGAUGAGUCUUCGUCGGAUGAUGACGAGGAAUUUAUUUUAUCGGCAGUAGAAAUAGUACAUGGUCAAGACAUGACCGACCAUGUACCGAAGCGUGGAGGCUCUGUGUAUGGGCACCAAGUAAUUGAUCGAGAUAGAUUGGGAGGACACUGUAGACUAUACAAUGACUACUUCUCUGAAGAAUCUACGUAUGGCCCUGCUUAUUUUAGGCGUAGGUUCAGAAUGAGACAUCAUCUUUUUUUACGUAUCAUGAAUGCAGUAGAAGCACAUGAUAACUAUUUUGUUGAAAAAAGAAAUGCAGCAGGAAUACUUGGAUUGUCAAGUAUGCAAAAAAUUACAGCAGUAUUUAGAAUGUUGAGUUAUGGAAUUGCAGCUGAUGCGGUUGAUGAGUAUGUGCGUAUUGGAGGUUCUACUACUAUAGAAAGUCUAAAACGGUUUGUUGUAGCUAUGAACGAAGUUUUUGGAGAGGAGUAUUUGAGAUCACCAAACGAGACUGACAUAGCUAGAUUACUUACGGUUGGGGAAGCAAGAGGAUUCCCUGGAAUGUUGGGCUCUGUAUGCACUGAAAAUGGAAGAAUUGUCCUACUGCAUGGCAAGAUCAAUAUACAGGGAAGUCUAGGGAGCCUACUAUAGUUCUAGAAGUCGUUGCCUCACAUGAUCGAUGGAUUUGGCAUGCUUUCUUUGGUUUACCAGGUUCACACAACAAUAUUAAUGUUCUUCAAAGGUCACCAUUAUUUGCAAAGCUAGCUGAAGGUGAAGCCCCAAAAGUAAACUAUAGCAUCAACGGGCAUAACAAUGACAUGGGGUAUUAUCUUGCAGACGGUAUUUAUCCUUCAUGGGCAACAAUUGUGAAGAGCAUUCAGAUGCCGCAGGGGAAUAAGAGAAAAUAUUUUGCAAAAGCCCAAGAAGCCGAUAGGAAGGAUGUUGAACAAGCAUUUGGUGUUUUACAGUCUCGCUUUGCUAUUGUUCGUGGAUCGGCUCGUUUUUGGGAUACAAAAACUCUGGGUCAAAUCAUGAGAGCUUGUAUAAUAAUGAAUAACAUGAUUGUGGAGGAUGAGCGAGAUGAUGAUUUUGAUUUAGAUUAUGAUGAGAUGGGAGAACAGGUGAGAGCUUCACAUGAAAGAACGGAUGAUUUUGAUGAGUACAUUCGCAAGUACAGUGAAAUUAAAGACAAAACAACUCACUUUCAGCUUUAAGAAGACCUCGUCGAACACCUGUGGCAACGUCAUGGAGACCAAUAUUAAUUUUCACUUUAUGUCAGAGAUUCUUGUUAGUUUACAUUGUUUACAAAUAAGUUGUGUUUAUUUUAGAUAAGUAGUAGUAUGAAAAUCAUGUAGACGCAUUUUUUAUGCCAAAUGUAUUUUUAGCAUCAUUCUAGCAGGAAGUGAGAAUAAAACAAGACAAUUUCAGCAAAUUUGAAUUAUUCUUGCAC